GGGGGGGGCGGAUAGUAAACCGCCCCUGAGAACUAAAGUCCAUCCAUAAUUGAUUCCUGUAAAAAAAUGAUUGAUGCAAAAUCAUAAGGAUUCCCUUUGAAACACUUCAAACAAGGUUACAAGUUACAACACUAAAUUAUCAAUAAUGGUUCACUUACAUUGAAAAUUCGUAGAAAAUAAAAUUGAAAUUUGUUUUUUUCCAAUUGUCCAUAGUAUGUAGUUGCGGCGUGAUAUUGAGGUAGAAAUAAAGAAUGCGAAGGUCGACUUCAGGUCAAAACUAUUCCGCUUUGAUACAUUUACAUUCUCUUCCGAAUAGGAAUUAUAAUUGAACGGAACGGGUAAAUAUGAAGAUUAUUUUUAGGAUCUGGUUUGAAGAUAAAUGGAAUGCUUUCUUCCAUAAUAUCUACAUUUUUAUCUCGGGCGAGGAAGACCUAGAUAUCUACGAGGAGUGCAGGGAUAAACAAUCUAAAGCAGUUCCCAAUGGGGGUAAGAUAUUUCUACGUCCUCUGAGAAGAUCACUUUCCAGGAAUUUGUUUAUAGAAUCCAAUUAUCCAUUCCCUGUUGAAAUACCACCACCCUAUUAUGAGAAUACUUCAGCAGGUUUUACUAGGACAGACAAUACUCCAACAGAUAACGGACAAAGUGGAAUACUAAAAUGGCCUUCAACACUUACUUUAGGAUUAGAUUCUGAUUUUGAUGAAAACUCAUUGACUCCUGAGUUCCAAAGUAGAAGCAGGAGAGUUUCUUUCAGUGUACAGAACCAUAUAUCUCAGGGAGAUACUUUACAAGUACAUCAGGGAGGAUAUGCUGUACGUUUAGCCUCUGCUUGAGGUUUACAAGUACAUCAGGGAGGAUAUGCUGUACGUUUAGCCUCUGCUUGAGGUUUCACUAUUUCUAAAAUUUGGGAAGAUGAUGGACCAAACCACUAAAUAUAUUUCACUCUGGGAUGACCGUCGUCAGUUCUAACGAUAUAAUAACCCUCAAAAUUGAUGAUAAAAAGGUCUAUAAACCACCAGAAAAUAAAGAAACAAAUUUUUUUUUUUUUUUAAAUGGGCUGUCAAAUGGAACGAACUAAGAUCAUAAU